AUGCGACCGCACUGGACCCUCAUACUAUCAGGAGCCGGUAUCAUCCUACCUCGCGUCUCCGCUCUCCUCCGCUUCUCAUGCUCCCAGCUCGUCGUCGAGCGUCUCGACCCCUUGGUCAAUCCAGGGGUCGUUGGGUCUCCCCAUCUGCAUCAGAUAAUCGGCGGAAACUCCUUCAACGGCUCCAUGGACCCCUCGACCCUCGACAUCCCGGGCUCCGCAACCUGCACGACGUGCACCUUCGCCGAGGACUUCUCGAACUACUGGACGGCGGUGCUGUACUUCCGCGCGCGCAACGGGACGUACAAGCGCGUGCCGCAGAAGGGGAAUGUGUACUUUGAGGAGGCGAACGGCGGGAUGACGGUUUAUUACAUCCCGAGCUAUAAUGACACGCCUGUUACUGCUUUUAAGCCGGGGUUCCGAAUGAUCACCGGCGAUCCCACGAUACGCACGCAAGAAGAGGCACAACGAUUUCGACAACUGACAUACACUUGCCUUCAAGAUCCGAUGACACGGACAGGCGAGACACUGGAUAUGCCGAAAAAGCCGUGUCCCGCGGGCAUCAUGGCGAAUCUUCGCUUCCCUACCUGCUGGGACGGCGUAAACCUCGACUCUCCCACCCACUCCAGCCACGUCUCGUACCCCCUCAACGGGACCUUCGAAGACGGCUCUCCCUGCCCCUCCACGCACCCCGUCAAGAUCCCGCAGCUCUUCUACGAGAUCGUUUGGGACACCACCCCCUUUAACUCGGUAUCCGAGUGGCCGGAGGACGAGGCCUCGCAGCCGUUCGUGUGGAGCUACGGGGACGCGACGGGGUACGGGAACCACGGGGACUACGUGUUCGGGUGGAGGGGGGACGCGCUGCAGAUCGCGAUGGACACGGGUUGCAACGGGUUCCAGUGUCCGGGGUUGAGGUACCAGGAGAUACGGGAGGGGAACAAGUGUACGAAGAGGAGGGAGGUGGAGGAGGACGUUGAUGGGUGGCUCACUGAGCUUCCGGGGGGUAUGCCGGUUACUGGGGUCGACGGGAAACCCAUUUCCUAG